AUGUCUGCCUCCAGCUCCCCGCAUCAACUCCGACACCGUAGACUACGGUCCUCAUCCUCGUCCUCCGCGUCAUCUUCAUCAUCCUUAUCGUCCCUAGCAGCAGAUGUGCCACCUUCGCCAACACCACCUGCACGCCGCGCUGCUCGUGGUAAUCUCACACGAACAGUUGGGGAAGUCUCGCCCAAGACCAUGCUUACCGAUAUCGACCCGGUCAUGGCCAGCCCGGAAUCGUAUCUCCCACGCCCCACGUCCUCAAACCUAGACUCAGCGAGGGCUAGAAACGUAUCAGCAACGCUACCGACCUCGCCACCAGGAGACCUCAUUCUUGUCGUGUGCGAACUUCAAUCGGCGCCGGUCGACCAGCGCAUCUGUAUCUACCUAAAGUGGAUCGUACACGGCGAAGAAGAGGCACUGCAUCGCGACCUUCACUCAAUUUUACCUCGAGGCAAGACGAAUAAUGAUGAAAGGCUCCCGAGCAAUGCCUCGAAGAAGGCGGGAGGGCAGAGCUUUGAGAUUAUCAAGUACGUGCCGUCGUGGCAGCUCAAGGUCGGGCGUAAGUCGGACAGCUAUUCGGUGCAGCCUUUCCGGAUUGAUCUUCCCGCCGCACCAUACGACACGGAUGUCGAGGGUGGAAUGGGAUUCUUCGAGGUGACAGCGGACGGGAAUGUUGCUGUGGAUAUGACACUUGGCAACGCCUCGCGAUCGCAAAGGGGAGGAAAGGAGGUGGCUACGAGGGUCAGGUUGCGUACCUCAAAGUUUUGUCCCUGGCAGCCGCGCUCUUUGUCCUUCACCAGGCUGCCGAUGGGGAGUCGUGGACCGGAAGGUUUGAUUCAGCACUUGGGAGCAAUUUUGCCUUUGCACUGGUACGUGCAUUCUUCGUCUGCUCCCGCGACCUUCUCGCUCGAACACGUCGCUUUCCCAUCAACGUCAAACGACCAGCCGAAAGGCUUGCAGCUGGACGACGCAGUAGCAGCGGGUCGAGGCCUGCUGCACGUAGAGAAGAAUUGGGGCCAAGCAUUUCCUUCCGGUUGGAUGUGGGCGCAUGGAGCUUCCCCAUUACCCGAUCCCAGCCUACCUUGUUCUUCCACUUCGGCGCCUUCAGUGCGGCUCUCGUUGGCAGGAGGGUCGAUCCUCGGUCUCACUGCCUUUCUCAUCGGAGUCCACAUCAAGCAAGAUGGCAAGGAGUACAGCUGGUACUUUGCGCCCCCCACGGCGCUGGGUCCACAACUAUCCUUCCCCUCAGGUUCAACCAGGGUACACUAUGGGCCGGGCCUACGCAUGCAGCGCGAUUUUACACGCAAAGUGCUCCGAUUGGAUGUCUGGGACCUCACGCGCUGGGCAACGGUCCAGAUAUCUGGAAGGGAAGAGACCUUCGCGACGCAGAUUCCGGGGCCUCGCAAGGGCGGCUGGUCCCCCAGCUACUGCCAUCACAGCUAUCGAUGCAAGGCGUCCAUCACUUUGCGUCAGAGAAGCGUGGCCAAGAUGAUCACUAUGCCACUAAGAGCUGCUCUGCAUCCAUUCAGCAGUGUGAGGUCAGCGAAGGAAUUCUUCGUUGAUGGGAGAGACAGGGAGGAUGGGUGGAAGCGACUGGGAUGGGAGCUUGUUGCACGGGCCGAGCUGGGGGAUCGAGUAGCGCUGGAGUUCGGCGGUGACUUUGCAAAGUAG